AUGGAGAACGUGGCGAUAUUUGACUCACCUGGAAAAGGAAGGGGUCUUAAGGCGACCAAGGAGUUUUGGGCUGGAGACGUCAUUUUUGCCGAGCCCAGUAUCUCAGCUGUUGUGUUUGACAGUCUAGCAGAUCGUAUUUGCCACAGCUGUUUCCGCAGACAAGAAAAGCUACAGAGAUGCGGCCAGUGCAAAUCUGCUCAUUAUUGUGACCGGACUUGCCAGCGCGCCGGCUGGGCCGAACACAAGCAAGAAUGUGGUGCCAUCAAAGCUUAUGCCAAAGCACCCAACGAGAACAUCCGUUUGGUGGCCCGCAUCAUGUGGCGCCUUGACAAAGAGGGGAGCGUGAUGUCAGACAUGCAGCUGACCACACUGGAGGAGCUGGAGGAUCACAUAGCCGACAUGCAAGAGGACGAGUUGAAGGACUUAAAAGUGGACAUCCACAACUUCCUGGACUACUGGCCCCGCACCAGCAAGCAGCACACAAUUGACGACAUUUCACACAUUUUUGGAGUGAUUAACUGUAACGGUUUCUCUGUGAGCGACCAGAGGGGCCUUCAGGCAGUCGGAGUUGGUCUUUUCCCAAAUCUGUGUUUGGUGAAUCACGACUGCUGGCCAAACUGCACCGUGAUCCUCAACCACGGCAAUCAAUCGGCUGUGAAUACUAUGUUUCAUUCUCAACGGAGGAUUGAGCUGCGUUCUCUCGGUAAGAUCGAGGAGGGAGAGGAGCUGACAGUCUCAUACGUUGACUUCUUGAAUUUGUCAGAGGAGAGACGAAGAAUGCUGAAAACACAAUACUUCUUUGACUGCACAUGCGAGAACUGCAAGAACCACAUCAAAGACGACUUGAAGAUGGGGGGCGCGGAGGUGGACGGAGUCAAGCCUACAGAGGAACAGGUGAAAGAGGCAACAGAUUACUGCUUUCAAAUGCUGGAGAAGAUGGAAAACGCUCGGCUAAAUGGCAACUACCAUGAGGUUGUAAAAAUCUGCAAGGACUGCUUAGAGAAGACAGAGCCAGUUUUGGCCGACACUCACAUCUACCAGCUGAGGAUAUGGAGCACAUUAAGUGAGGUGCAGGCUUACCUGCAGUUCUUUAAUGAUGCUUCAGAUUACUCCCGCAAAAUGGUGGACGGAUACUUGAAACUGUACCACCCUAACAAUGCCGCUCUGGGUAUGGCGGCCAUGCGAGCAGGAGUGACUCACUGGCAAGCUGGGGAGAUAGAGAUUGCCCAUGGGAUGAUCUGCAAGGCCUACGCCAUUCUCAUGGUCACCCACGGUCCAAUACAUCCCAUCUCCAAGGACCUGGAGGCGAUGCGUAUGCAGACAGAGAUGGAGCUGAGGAUGUUCAAGCAGAACGAGUACGUUUACCACAGUAUGAGAGAGGCAGCUCUGAAGAACAAGCCAAUGUCCAUUAUGCAUGAACCCAAGUCUGUGGAGGAGGGAAUCAAGAAUCUCUUCCACCGGAGGAAGUAA